GAAAUACAUAAAUUUAAAUUUAGACAGAAAACUUUAGAUAUUUUUGAAAUUGUUUUUAUGGAAACUUAUCACGUCGUUUGCAUUAUUUAUCGAUAUAUAAUUAAUUAUGGAUCAAAGUAGAUUUCCAGUGUGUUAAAUUCCCAAAAUGCUAACUGGUUCAUAAAAAAAGUUGUCGCGAAUUAAAAAUCAUCAUGGCGCUGCAACUAUUACCACGACGGUCAUGGUUUCCCCUCCUCGUCGUCAUCCUUGGCGUCCUCGCGGUGGGCUCGGCCUCGGAGGAUGAGCACGACAAGAAGACGCCCAUGAAGAUCAAGCAGACGAUCAAACUCUUCAAUGACGAUGAACUGGAUCGGCUGGAAUUUCAGGAAUUUUGUGAACUCGGCUUACUCGAACGGCAAGUUGGAAAAGCGUUGCAUGAUGACGUCAUGGUUUCCGAGUGCUCGGUCACCGCCGCGGGAGAAUUUGAUAUCGACAUCGAUGGAAAGAUGUUAUUCACUUUGAUCGCGAUAAUCACGUAUGGCGCCAUCAUUCGCGCCGUGAUUCAGCAUUUCGAUCUCCAAGUCCCCUACACGGUGGUCCUCAUGUUGUCCGGACUGGUGGUGGGGUCAUUUUCGAAGAAAUAUUGUCCUGAAAUGAACGAAUACACGGCGAUUGCGAGGGUCAGUGCGAGCCUGAUUUUGUACACGUUUCUGCCCCUGCUAAUUUUCGAGAGUGCGUUUUCCAUCCCGGUCCACACGUUUCAACGGAGUUCGAUCCAGAUCAUCAUCGUCGCCUUUCCCGGCAUGGUUUUGUGCACUUUCAUCACAUCGUUCGUAUGUCGCCACUACUUCACAACUUAUAAAUGGGAUUUUAUGCAGGCCAAUUUAUUUGGUAGCAUUAUUAGCGCGACUGAUCCUGUCGCUGUUGUUGCUAUUCUGCGUGAACUAGGCGUGUCGGAAGUCUUGAGUGUGAUGAUUGAAGGAGAAUCAUUACUGAAUGACGGCGUUGCAAUUCUGUUGUACGAGAUUUUCGAGGAAAUUUUGGAGGAAGCAGCUCUGGGAAAAACGCCAGGAACAUUGCCGGCAGUUUUUGGGCAUUCAGUCCUGAAAUUUGUACAGAUUGCGAUCGGUGGCCCCGCAUUUGGCUGGGCGAUGGGGAAAAUUACCAUCUUUUUCUUGAGCUAUGUCUUUAAUGAUGCUCCCGUCGAGAUAUCAGUGACCAUUGUGACGGCUUACAUUACUUAUUGGCUUAGCGAGGAUGUGCUCGGCGUUUCCGGCGUCAUGGCGGUGGUCUUGCUGGGCCUGACGAUGCGGGCGGAGCGAACCGUGAUAAGCCCCGACUCAGAAGAAGCUGUCCAUCACUUUUGGUCCAUCAUGGGAUAUUUGGCGAACACCGUGCUGUUCAUGCUCGUCGGAAUCGUGAUUGCGGAAACAGCCGUGAACGACAUUGAUCAGAACGACUUUUGGAAUUUGAUCCUUCUCUACAUCGCGAUUCAUGUGUCGAGAUUUGUGAUGCUCCUCGUUUUUUAUCCAAUACUUGCUUGGAUCGGGUAUGGAAUGACGUGGCAAAAUACGAUCGUGAUGAUGUGGGGUGGACUACGGGGCGCUGUUGGAGUCUGUUUGGCGUUGGAUGUUUAUCGAAAUGAACAUUUCUGCGAAAAUAAGCUGAUGGGUUCAAAGAUGCUAUUUCAAACUGCUGGAAUCGUGUUCUUGACCCUGGUCGUUAACGGUACGACGACGCGACCCCUGCUGACAGCCCUGCGACUCACGGAGGUCAGCGUGGGCAGGAAAGAAGACAUGAACAAUGCCAUCAAAAGAAUUGUCAAGCUGAAAAACCAGGCCAUUCGAAUGUUUCAACUUUCUCCAAACAUGUUCGAUGCCGAUUGGACGAUGGUGAAUGGAUUUUGUACGGUGAAAAAUCCCUACAAAGCGACGAAAGAGCCCACCCUCACGACCGAGGACUUGGAAGGGAUCGCUGUAAAAAUCCAUUCGCCGGAACCAGCCCGAGAAAACGCCACCGUUUGCGGCACGUGUCACACCGUCGUUCCGAACGAGCCGACGAGCGAGGAGUAUUACAAUUUGACGGAGGAAGCCAGGCUAAAAGUGAUUCGCGCCAUGAAAGUUUCGUACACGCAUCGAAACGGUAUUGGGCUCACGUCCGACGCCGCGCUGCAGAUUUUGAUGGGAAACGCGGAACGGAAAGAGGACGACGUCAUGCAGCUCGUUUGUUGCUCGGAUUUCGACAAGUAUACGAAAAAUCGGGGCGGGUUUUAUCCCUGGCUGAAUCGUCAGAUUUCUAAACUGGAGAAGAAUGAAAGUUCGAGGCCGCCGAAACCUACGGCGAAAUGGCGACGACCGUUCUGGAUUAUCGUCUGUCAAGAUUGGUUCGAACAAGUGUUUCUCGCGUGCGUGUUUCUGAAUCUGAUUCCCGUAAUUUGGGAGCUUGUUGAAGCCGCGGCAAGCACCGAUGAGGCGUGUGGCGAGCAUCACGGGAUUUUUGUGGGGCUGAAUAUCGCAUUCACGGCCCUCUUCACGGUCGAGAUCAUCAUCAAUAUCCUUGGACGCCGAUUGCAGGACUAUUUUUGUGAUCCGUGGACGUAUUUGGACAUUAUCGUGUUACUGUUAGCCUAUGGAGAUUGCAUAUUCAAUCUGGUCGGUGAAUGCAAGAUUGUGAAGGGAGGUGCCAGCGAGUAUUUGCAAAUUGUUAAGGUUCUCCGGCUGCUCAGAGUGUCGAGAGGGUUGCGUUUGUUAAGGCCCAUCCUCCCCCAGUUUCAGACAUCCGUGUCCCGAAAGAUCAAUGAGCAGCUCUUCAUGGGGUUCGACAUUGCGCGAGGAUUUGUCCAUUCUUCCGAAGAAGUGCUGAAAUUUGUGUCGCAGAUGAUUGAAAAUAAACGAGUUUGUAAAGAAAUUCGGGAUCAUAUGGAGAGAGAAAGGGCGGAAGGGUUGAAAGUCAUGGCCGUUCUGCAGCAGAAAUAUCCCGGAAUUGCGAUCGCCCUGAAAACAAGACACGCUUGCCGAGCUGUGAUCAAUGUCAUGUGCGACACGCUGAAUGAUGCGAAGGACGAAGGGCUUCUUGACGACACUGAAAUUGACGUCCUCACCCGAAUAAUGGAGCUCAAAAUAAAAAGACUAUGGCACUCGCCGGCCAGCAUCGAGACCACCGCGUCCCAAGUCCUGCUCGCUAACCUCCUCUGGGUCGAACACAAUGAAGAACUUUACGACACGAUUCUGAACGCUGCUGAACUGAAGAGUUACGGAUUCGGGCAGCACAUCUGCCACUUUGGCGACCCCACUUCCGGAAUUUACGUCGUUGUGGCGGGAAUGAUAAAAGUUGUGUAUAUGCCGACGCCUGCCCUGAUUGAGGCGAGGAAUCAGUACGGAAAAAUCCCAAACUCCGAGUUGUACAUGGACUUAACCUUUUCGCAGCCGGAAACGGACUAUUUCUCGUCGGGCUUCGUGUUUGGAGAGUACGGCGUCCUGCGAGACGAUCCUUGGGCGUCGGAUAUCAUCGCGGAGACGAGUCUGCUGGUUUACCACAUUCCGAAAGAGGUCAUUAUCCAGGCGAUUGAGAGAUAUGAGGAUCCCUACGAUUCGUUGGAGGGGCAGUUGUGGAGGUCGGUCGGAAUGCGGAGAGCGACAGGGUUACUGGAACAGUUGCCGCGGUAUCAGAACAAUCUGGACAAGAUCCAAAUCGUCCUGCAACGUUCCACCAUUCCGAUAAAUGAUUCCCACAACGUGUUCGAAAUCCCGGAUUAUGUCUCCGAAGUCGUCGUCAUUGAGGGCUACGCCACCAACCAGGACACCAAUGAUACCUACAUCGCUCCCUUCAUCGUCCCCCGCUCCUGCACAAAGCUGAUUCAGUUGGACAAUCCCGCAACAGUGAACCGAAUUUUAAUCAUAGCGGAUGAAGACGUAGAUUUAUCCACGACGGGAAAUGAAGAUCGUAUUUCUCUCGGGGGCAAAAAUGUGAAUUGGUAGAUAUUGAAUUGAUCGAA